AUGGAAAUAAGUGAUAAAGAAAUACUCAAUGAAAUUAUUACAUGCGAUGAAUUAAAAAAGGAGUGGAAAUUUGAUGAAAUAGGAAUUAUCGGUAUUGGGUAUAAUGAAUUUAUAAAAAAAUAUCCAAGAAAUGAAAUAAAAAAUAAAGUAAUUUAUAUUCAUAAAAAUAGUAUUGGAUUGUUCUUUGAGUUAAUUGGUCAAAUGUAUAGAGUUGCUCUGAAAAAUAUAAGAGAUUAUCCAAUUGAAUGUAGUACAGUUUGUCUUAUGAUUAAUGGUGAUUGUUCGAUUGCAUGGAACAAACGUUUUGAAUUAAAAAUAAACGAAAUAAGUGAGAUGAGAUUUACAGAGAGUUUGAGUAAAAGAUUUAAGAAAGGAUUUUUGAUAUAUUAUUAUCGAGAAAUGAUCUACUCAAAAAGAAAUAGACUUUUAAAACAAGAAGAAAGUAAAUAUGAAUUUAAUUUUAUUACCAAGGCAAUAUCAAAAUAUAGCCGAGGAUAUCAUUUAUAUAAACAUAUUUUAUGGUUAAUUGAUCAUUGUUAUAUUGACCAUAUUUAUUUUGAUAUUAUGAAGUGGUGCGAAGAAGGAAUAAUAAAUGAUUCAAGUGAUUAUUCAUUAAUGAAUAUUAGAAAAAGAGUGAUUGAAAUAUACUAUAGUAUAGAAUUUAUAAAUAAUUCUUAUUUUAUUAAAUUAAAUGAAAUUAACCAACAAAUAAAAGACUUUUUUAUUUCAGAAUAUGUUUGGGUAUCCACUUUAAUUCAUUUAAAUCCACAACAUGAAUCAUUAUGGUUUUACCAUUAUACUAUUAGCCAAUUAAUUAAAUGUAUUCAAACUAAAUUAAGCAAAGAAAAUAAACAACCAUUUAACUUUACAAAUUACAUAAAAUUAAUUUAUGAACAAAAUAGUUGUAUUAAAGUUUCUAAAGAAUUUACUGAAUUAAAUAUUUCCUUAAUCAACCAAUACUCAUUUAAUCCAAUAAACUCAAUACAACUUCAAUUUCUUAAUUAUGAAAAAAAUAGAGUCUCAAAUAAAAAAGUAAUGAGACUUGUUGAAAGAAGAUUAACAUCUAAUUUAGAUUAA